GUACAAAUUAAUUAAUUCAAUUAAUGAUACAUAUCUGCAUAUUUUGUGUACCAUUCCACUAAUUAUUAAAAACAGAAAUAAAUUAACAUUUAAUAUUUUACGUUAACCAACACUGAAAACCAAUCAGCUGUUUGAUAAAACUAACCUCAAUUUUAUUUCUUAUUGUUUUUGAAAUUUUAACUAGGAACAGCAAAAACAGAAUAGUUUCAAGGAGCAAAAUGAAUUCUUUGACCCGUGUUGGAAGUUUUGUCAGCCAAUCCAUACAAUUUGCCGGAUGCGGUUUCCAACAAGUUCGUACCAAAUAUGCCGAUUGGAAAAUGAUUAGGGAUGUUAAACGCCGUAAAUGUGUAGCUGAAAAUGCCAAGGAUCGCUUACGUGUUAAUGCCCUACGUAAAAAUGAUAUACUUCCUGCCGAAUUGAGAGAAGUAGCUGAUGCUGAAAUAGCCGCCUUUCCCAGAGAUUCUUGUUUAGUUCGUGUGCGCGAACGUUGUGCCCUUACGUCACGUUCCCGCGGUGUUGUUCACAAAUACCGUUUGAGUCGUAUUGUCUGGCGUCAUCUAGCUGACUACAAUAAAUUGUCGGGCGUCCAAAGAGCAAUGUGGUAGAGAGGGAAGGAAUCAUACACAACUUGUUUGUUAAAAUUAAAUUUAUUUUAAAAUAAACUAUAGUUUAAACAUAGAAGAGUAGAAGAAUAAAAUCAAGAAAAUCUAAUUUAAUGGCAA